ACUCAAGCUUGUUUUGUGACUGCAGCUGGACAACAGUAAGCAUGUUGGGUUCUUCUCUUCUUGUUGUAAUAUGCAUUUUGCUCAUCUUCUUCCUCAUAAGGGUCAAGAAGCCAAAGAAUUUUCCUCCAGGACCUCCUCCAGUUCCUAUAUUUGGAAAUCUGCUUCAGCUCAACCUAGCUAAUCCUUUAAAGGAUUUUGAAAAAUUUGCAGAAAAAUACGGGGAAAUAUUCAGCCUGUAUACUGGAUCGAGGCCAGCAGUCAUUCUGAACAGUUUUGCAGUUAUUAAAGAAGCUCUGGUUACCAAAGCUCAAGACUUUUCAGGACGACCUCAAGACUUCAUGAUCAGUCACGCCACAGAGAAUAAAGGUAUUGUGUUGGCUGACUAUGGACCCGUUUUGAAGGGCCAUCGACGCUUUGCUCUCAUGACCAUGAGAAAUUUUGGUCUUGGCAAACAGUCCAUGGAGGAGAGAAUUCUGGGGGAAAUUUCACAUGUUGUUGAUUACCUUGACAAAAACGCAGGAAAAAGAGUGGAUCCUCACAUUAUGUUCCACAAUGUUGCUUCAAAUGUUAUCAGUCUGCUUCUGUUUGGAUGCCGUUUUGAUUACAACAGUGAAUUUCUUCAGUGCUACAUCCAGCUCAUUAAUGAGAUUUCAAAGAUCAUCAAUGGACCCUGGAACAUGAUAUACGACACAUUUCCUUUAUUGAGAAUCCUGCCCCUGCCUUUUAAAAAAGCAUUUGAUCAUGUAAAAGUAAUAAAAAGUAUGAAUCUGAAGCUGAUUGAUGAACAUAAGAGCACAAGAGUCCCAGGAGAGCCGAGAGACUUUAUUGACUGCUAUCUGGAUGAGCUUGAUAAGGGAAAAAAUUGUGUUUCCACCUUUUCCGAAGACAAGCUCCUCAUGAGCAUCAUGGAUCUGCACUUUGCAGGGACUGACACUAUUUCUAACACCCUCCUCACUGCUUUCCUCUACCUCAUGAACCACCCUGAGGUGCAAGUAAAAUGCCAGCAAGAGAUUGAUGAUGUUCUGGAGGGUAAAGAUCAGGUGAUGUAUGAAGACAGACACAAUAUGCCGUACACACUGGCUGUGAUUCAUGAGGUUCAGCGUGUCGCUAACACUGUACCGCUAAGUGUGUUUCACUCCACCACACGAGACACAGAGCUAAUGGGCUACAGCAUCCCAAAGGGAACUAUAAUCAUUCCCAACCUUACCAGGGUGCUAAAAGAAGAAGGUCAGUGGAAGUUUCCUUAUGAGUUCAACCCAGCAAACUUCCUGAAUGAGCAGGGCCAGUUUGAGAAGCCUGAGGCUUUCAUACCCUUCUCCACAGGUCUCCGUAUGUGUCUGGGUGAAGGUCUGGCCCGUAUGGAGCUCUUCUUGAUUUUUGUCGCUCUGUUGAGGCGUUUUCAGUUUGAGUGGCCUGUAGAUGCUGGGAAACCAGAUUACACCCCUGUAUUUGGGCUCACUUUGACACCCAAACCCUACAGAAUGCACAUCAGGCGGAGAGAAACAGUUAAACAGUGAAUCGUGAUGCUGACAGUGCUGCUGUAUAUAAAGUCUGUUGACUUUUUUCUAUAGAGAAACUUUUUUUGUUUUUUAAUAAUUGUAAUCUUUCUUAAUGGAUUUACCGUGAACUUCAAGACAAUGGAUGUGGCAUUCAAAUAUAGUUUUGUGAUUUUUGUCUUUUUUCCACCAACACCAUAAAAGUUUAAUCAAUCUGAGACAUUUCUUUGAGUCAUUUCUAAAUAACAUCACAGUUUUGUGAAAUAAAUCUUUUUGCACAUCUCAGAUGUUCAGUUUGAAAUGCGCAUUUAUAUUAAAGCAAUAAAGGCACAAAAAAA